AUGAAGAUUCAGCCACCACCAGAACGCGAGGAAGCUGAUUUCACUAAAGAUGAACUGGCUGCUCCCACCAUUGAAAUUACAUUCGCUCCACCAUCCAUCAUGGAUAACCCUCUUCCCGCGACAGCUGUAAAACUGAGUAAGAGGCUUCUGCAAGAGCAAUUGAAAUCCGAAGAAGAAUGCUCUACGACAACCCCAGCUCAACAGUCUCUCUCCCCAGACUUCCCUGAGAUGCCAAGCGACCCUACACCAGACACGAUUCUCGAAUGGCUUAGUUCACCUCAACAUGGAUCAUCUUGCUCCUCUCCACGACCAAAAGCGUGGCUCCACUCUGCACAGCAAUCACAGUUGAACCGUCGCCAACCCAAAGACGACAAUCAUUGUACACGUCUGCAACAUAACAGUUUCCUCUGCGGCAGUGAUGCUCAGGCCACAGUGGAUCAUAUCGAACACAGUACGGAGAAUCUUGUGGCUGUACCAGAAUCUAGGCUGCAGAUUUUGGAGGCAAAGAUGCGAAGAGCAGAACUUUUGAUCCAGAUUUCUGAUUUGGAGAAGGAGAUUCUGAAAACAAGCUUGUGCGAGAAGGAUUUCAUUACAGAAGAACAAAAGGUCCUCCACGACGACACUGAACUCAAAGAACUGCAGAAGACAACUGAUGAGGGCCUUGAAUUACUCAAGAGGAUCCAAUACGAAAACCCCAUAUGCAAGGAUGAUCCAAGUGUUUUUCAGGAAGCUUACCAUCAUUGGGUUGGUCUGCGACAACGCGUGGUGGCAUAUCUUACCAAUCGAUCCACAGCUCAACACGAAAAUGAGAUCAAGUGGCAGAAGUGUAAGGACCUAUAUCCAAAGAGGAAAGCUCUUUUGGUAGAAAUUGAAGGCGUCGACGCAACCAUCUCAAGGCUUGAAUGCCCUAUCGCUAACGGUACAGAACUCGAAAACAACAGCUCAGAAAAAACAGAGCUAAAACAAGCAGAUGUCGACCGCCAAAAUUAUGUAAGGAGGGAUUCAGGGGUUGACAUGCCGGAUACAGAGACAGCCACAUAUUUGCCCUCAUCGCCAAGCUUGGCCAUACUAUUCGCCAAGGAGAGCAACAAAAUCAACGGUUCGUGCUAG